GCAGCCUCCUAGGGACACGCGUGGGGUCUGGAGCAGGACAGGCGUGUGCAGCUGGACCCUGCGUGUGGUUCAGGAGACGAUGGACAAGAGAGAACUGAACACGAGUGGGGUGGGGCAUAUGAGGAUUUAGGGAAGAGAAAUGGGGGUUCUCUACACUCUCCCCUUCCUCUGGUCUGAACGGGGCCCAGCCUCUCUGCCUCUCUUCGAUUCCAGCUCCGAAAGAGCAGCGGCCUGUCUGAAGAGCAUGCAGCCCCCUCACUCCCUGCCUGGCCUCGCCAUCCCUGCCCCCCCAGCCUGACCCCCUGACCCCAGCAUGGCCCAGGGUGCCAUGCGCUUCUGCUCAGAAGGCGAUUGUGCCAUCUCCCCACCACGAUGUCCUCGUCGCUGGCUCCCCGAAGGCCCUGUGCCUCAAAGUCCUCCAGCCAGCAUGUAUGGCAGCACAGGAUCCCUGAUACGUCGAGUGGCAGGUCCAGGUCCUCGAGGCCGGGACCUGGGACGUGUGACAGCACCUUGUACCCCUCUUCGAAGGCCUCCCUCACCCCGUAUGGCUCCCUCACCCUGGGGACCCUCUUCACCCACUGGGCAACCCCCACCAGGGGCACAGAGUUCUGUGGUCAUCUUCCGUUUUGUGGAGAAGGCCAGUGUGAGGCCACUGAACGGCCUGCCUGCUUCUGGAGGCCUGAGUCGGAGCUGGGACCUGGGUGGGGUUUCUCCCCCCAGGCCCACCCCAGCCCUUGGACCUGGCUGCAACCGGAAGUUGCGGCUGGAGGCAUCCACGUCAGACCCACUCCCGGCUGGAGGAGGCUCUGCCCUUCCUGGCAGCCGGGACCCCUCACGUGGGCCGCUGGUUCCACCCCAGGCUGGGGCCGAGGGCCUUUACUCCUCCCUCCCCAAUGGGCUGGGAGGGGCCCCUGAGCGCCUGGCCAUGCACUUCCGGGGACCUGCAGACACUGGAUUCCUAGACCAGGGGGACACUUGGUCCUCCCCCCGGGAAGUCUCCUCUCAUGCCCAGAGAAUCGCUCGAGCCAAAUGGGAAUUCUUCUAUGGCUCCUUGGACCCCCCCAGCUCCGGUGCUAAGCCCCCAGAGCAAGGCCUCCCAUCGCGUGGGGUGGGCUCCAAGCAAGGCUCUGGGGUGGCUGUGGGGCGAGCAGCCAAGUACUCCGAGACAGACCUGGACAAGGUGCCCCUGAGGUGCUACCGAGAGACGGACAUCGACGAGGUGCUGGCCGAGCGGGAGGAGGCUGACUCGGCCAUUGAGAGCCAGCCCAGCUCUGAGGGCCCAACUGCCCAACCACCUGUCUCACGACCUAGCCCAUGUCCUGGUCCUCCUUCCAGCCUGGGCAGUGGCAAUGAAGAUGAUGAGGCAGGUGGGGAAGAGGAGGUCGAUGACGAGGUGUUUGAGGCCUCGGAGGGGGCCCGGCCCGGGGACCACAUGCCUCUCUGUGGGCUUCUCAAGUCACCAGUGCCCUUUCUACCUGGGACCAGCCCCUCGGCGGAUGGGCCCGACUCUUUCAGCUGUGUGUUUGAAGCAAUCAUGGAGUCACACCGGGCCAAGGGCACAUCCUAUAGCAGCCUUGCCUCCCUGGAGGCCCUGGCCUCACCUGGCCCAACCCAGAGCCCCUUCUUCACCUUUGAGAUGCCUCCCCAGCCCCCAGCUCCCCGGCCUGACCCACCUGCACCUGCCCCACUGGCCCCUCUUGAACCGGAUUCUGGUACCAGCUCUGCUGCUGAUGGUCCUUGGACCCAGAGAAGGGAGGUGGAAGAGUCAGAUGCUGGGACCACGAUGCCCCCAAGGAGGGAGCUUCCCAGCCCCUCCCACUCUGAAGAUAGCCUUGGGCUGGGGGUAGCACCCCUGGGCAGUGAGCCCCCCCUCGACCAGCUGCUGCCCGACUCAGACUCCGAGCUGGACAGCACAGAGCGGCUGGCCCUGGGAAGCACCGACACCUUGUCCAAUGGGCAGAAGGCUGACCUGGAGGCUGCCCAGCGCCUAGCCAAGAGGCUGUACCGGCUUGACGGCUUCAGGAAGGCUGAUGUGGCCCGGCAUUUGGGCAAGAACAAUGACUUCAGCAAAUUGGUAGCUGGCGAGUAUCUCAAGUUCUUUGUCUUCACGGGCAUGACUCUGGAUCAAGCUCUCAGGGUGUUUCUGAAGGAGCUGGCACUAAUGGGUGAGACACAGGAGCGGGAGCGUGUGCUGGCCCACUUCUCCCAGCGGUACUUCCAGUGCAACCCUCAAGCCCUGUCCUCAGAGGACGGCGCGCACACGCUGACCUGUGCCCUCAUGCUCCUCAACACAGAUCUCCACGGCCACAACAUUGGGAAGCGCAUGACCUGUGGGGACUUCAUCGGAAACCUGGAGGGCCUCAAUGAUGGCGGCGACUUCCCCAGGGAGCUGCUCAAGGCCUUGUACAGCUCCAUCAAGAAUGAAAAACUGCAGUGGGCCAUAGACGAGGAGGAGCUGAGACGAUCUCUGUCUGAGUUGGCCGACCCGAACCCCAAGGUCAUCAAGAGGGUCAGCGGGGGCAGUGGCAGCAGCUCCAGCCCUUUCCUGGACCUGACUCCCGAGCCUGGCGCCGCUGUCUACAAGCACGGGGCCCUGGUGCGAAAGGUGCACGCGGACCCUGACUGCAGGAAGACACCUCGUGGCAAGCGGGGCUGGAAGAGCUUCCACGGCAUCCUCAAGGGCAUGAUCCUCUACCUGCAGAAGGAGGAGUACCAGCCUGGGAAGGCUCUUUCUGAGGCAGAGCUGAAGAAUGCCAUCAGCAUCCACCAUGCCCUGGCCACCCGCGCCAGCGAUUACAGCAAGCGGCCACACGUCUUCUACUUGCGCACAGCUGACUGGCGGGUCUUCCUCUUCCAGGCUCCGAGCCUGGAGCAGAUGCAGUCAUGGAUCACGCGCAUCAAUGUCGUGGCCGCCAUGUUUUCCGCACCCCCCUUCCCAGCCGCGGUUAGCUCCCAGAAGAAAUUCAGCCGCCCUCUACUGCCCAGCGCUGCCACCCGCCUCUCCCAGGAGGAGCAGGUGAGGACCCACGAGGCCAAGCUGAAGGCCAUGGCAAGCGAGUUGAGAGAGCACCGGGCUGCACAUCUGGGCAAGAAGGCCCGAGGCAAGGAGGCUGACGAGCAGCGGCAGAAGGAGGCCUACCUGGAGUUUGAGAAAUCCCGCUACGGCACAUAUGCAGCGCUGCUUCGAGUCAAGAUGAAGGCAGCCAGCGAGGAGCUGGAUGCCAUAGAGGCAGCACUGGCCCAGGCCGGGAACACGGAGGAUGGAUGCCCUCCGCCUCACUCCAGUCCCUCCCUGCAGCCCCACCCCACCAGCCAGCCCCGGGCGCAGCGACACGGCUCAGACGCCCGGGCUGGGGCAGGCAAUGCAAGGCCAAAGCCCUGAGCAGGGAGCAGGAGCACUGGGGGCAGGGCCUGCUGGGCACCUGCAUGACGACAAGGCCCUGCCUGAGCUCAGCUGGCCUCGGGCCGCCCACGAGGGCCCGACCGCGCCGGACGCGGUGUCCGGGGCAGGGCAGGGCUGAACCGGGCCUCAGAGCCUAGGCUAAGGGCCUCUCAGAGACCCCCCUUUUUGUGAUAAUGUUUUGCACUUUUUCGUACAGGAAGGGUGGGCAGGGUGGGAGGGGCCCAUGCCCCUAAUUUUUGAUGGGGGUUUUCUUUUCUUUUCUUUAUUUUGUGGGGGAGGCCUGAUAAAGUUUCCGCUUUCUGCUGAGACCACCCCACCCGGACACCAGCAAUACCCCUCCGUCCUGGGGCCUGGCUCAGACAGAGACCAGGAGUUGGGGAUGAGCUGGUCCCCUUCUUCUCCCCAAGGGCUCACCUCUCUCUUUGCAGAGUAGAGGAUGGUGUCCGUGUUGAAGCCCAUCUAGAGGCUGGGGUGGCGCGGCCUGCUUCCCUCCUUUGUGGGCCCUGCCCUGUGUACAGCCUCCACCCUUAUUAAAACUGCUCUGAAUUGCC